AUGAAGACGGUCUUCAAAAACGCCCGCGUACUAGCGGAACACAUCGACCCCGGCUAUCCCACUGGGACUUGCCUCGUGGUAGAAGACAGCCAUAUAUCUUACAUUGGGAAUGAAUCGGACGACGUCAUCACCCUGCUCUUGGAUGACGAAGAAAACGACCGAGUUGACCUGAAAGGACAGACCGUGAUCCCUUCAUUCAUUGACGCCCACGUUCACCUUCUUCAGUUCGGCAUCUCCCUAGCCAAAGUCGACCUGCGACCCUGCAAGAGCCUGGCGGAGAUUGAAGACGUCAUCCAUCGUACCGCAGAGGCGAGGCCGGACGCAGCCCGCCUACUUUUCCAGGGAUGGAGGCACGCUGUGACGGGCAGCAAUGUCUCGGCAUCAACGUUGGACCGCGUGAGCGCACGACCCAUCUUUCUCGACUCGGACGACCUGCACUCGGCAUGGUGCAACACGGCGGCUCUGGACGAGAUGGACAUUCGGAACAAGGCCGAUCCCGAGGGCGGCAAAAUCCAUCGCGAUCACCAAGGAGCACCGACCGGUUUUCUGGAGGAGGCUGCAGUUCUCAGCAUAGUGUGGCCAUUUUUAAGCGAGGCCAUGUCGAGGGGGGAGAAACUGAGCUGUCUGCGGUCGGCGAUCCGCGAGUACAACAAAGCAGGCUACACGGCCGUCGUGGACAUGGCCAUGGACGAGACCUACUGGGGCUUGCUCCUGGAACUGAAGAACGCCGGGGAGCUGACCCUGCGCGUCGCCGCCCACUUCCUCGUCAUGCCCGGGAAGACCGACGAGGAGAACCUGGCCCAGGUCGAGCGCGUCGUUCGACUGCACGAAAAGUACAACUUGGCGACGUCGCCCGACCUUCGCGUCGCCGGGAUCAAGAUCGUCUGCGACGGGGUCGUCGACGGCUGCACCGCCGCCAUCUCGCAUCCGUAUCUGAACACCGGGGAAUUGGUCGAUCCGACGUGGACGCCAGCGGCUUUACAAGUCGUUCUUGGGGCGGCAGAUGCGGCAAACAUGCAGUGCGCGCUCCAUGCCAUUGGCGACGCGGCGGUCAGCAUGGCAGUCAAUGGCCUUGAAGUCCUAGGCACGACGGGUCGGCGGCAUCGCAUCGAACACCUGGAGCUGACGAGACCCGAAGAUGCGCAACGACUCGGCAGGCUGGGGAUCACGGCAUCCAUUCAGCCUGUCCACCUGGACCCCGAGUACAAUCAGUUAUGGCCUCCCUUGAUCGGGCACGAGUCUUGCGCUCGUGCGUUCGCGUAUCGGGAGUUCCACGACUUCGGGGCUCACCUGGCCAUUGGGUCGGAUGCCCCGACAGCUCCUCAUAGCCCCUGGAACAAUAUCUUCAAUGCCACGACAAGAAGGUCCUUCCGGAGACCGCAGGACGCGGAGACAUUCAAUGAGCAGUACAAGUUGGACCUGAACGACGUCUUCAGCGCCGCGAGCCACGGUGGUGCUUAUUCGUGCUUUGCAGAAAACAUGAUCGGGGGCUUACGGGUUGGCAAGAAGGCCGACUUCAUCAUUCUCGAAGGCGAUACGAAAUGGAGUCUGGAUCUUUCGUCUCUUCUUGCAAGUCAGGUUUCAGAAACCUGGCUGGGUGGCAGACGAGUUUUCAACGGCAACGAGAAGUUGUGA